CGAACUACAAAAAGUCAUCGAUUGUGGGCGUAGCCGAUCUGAACUCUUUUUUUUUCAGAAUCACGCGACCUGGCAUUUGUUGAACAACAAGGGCAGCUCCGCAGUAGCUGCGAGGUCUGUCUUUUAAACAAUGUGACGGCUUUUUUUCAUUGUUCCAGGAGGAAUCGGCGGGCCUUUGGCCAUCAUUCGCGUGCGAUUGUUAUAUAUUUUUCGCUCUUUGUCACUGAACAGCCCAAAGCGUUGAUUCACUCACACUUUUUCCAUGGAUCCCAAAGAUUUCGAGGUCGCUUCACCGCCUACGGACGGUAUUUCUGAUAUCAGCUUUUCCUCUCAAGCUGAUUUUCUCGGUGUUUCCUCUUGGGAUAACCAGGUGCGGAUAUACGAAGUUCAACCCUCUGGUCAAACCAUUCCAAAAGCAUCAUUCAGCCACGAAGCUCCUGCAUUGUGCGUGACAUGGAGCAAAGAUGGCACGAAAUUAGUGAGUGGUGGUGCCGAUAAAGCGGGUCGCAUGUUCGACAUUACGACAGGUCAAACCACCCAAGUUGCGCAGCACGACGAACCUAUCAAAUGUGCAAAGUUCCUCGAUCAGGGUAUCCUGGCCACGGGCAGUUGGGAUAAGACUGUCAAGUAUUGGGAUUUGCGUUCCCCUACCCCUAUUGGCACUGUAGCCCUUCCCGAUCGUUGUUAUACCAUGGAUAUUCAAGGCCCCUUGAUGGUGGUCGGCACAGCCGAGAAACACAUAUGUAUCUUUGACUUAAACAACCCCACCGUGAUCUUCAAGAAAAAUAUCUCGCCAUUGAAAUGGCAAACACGAGUUGUGUCUUGCUUCACCCAAGGCAAGGGUUAUGCUGUCGGCUCCAUUGAAGGCAGAGUCGGUAUUCAAUAUGUGGAGGAUAAAGAUCAAUCCAAAAAUUUCUCAUUCAAAUGUCAUCGUGACGAUUCCAAAAACGUGUUCUCCGUCAAUGCCAUCAGCUUCCAUCCUAUUCACGGCACUUUCUCUACUGCAGGCUCGGAUGGCACGGUCAGUUUCUGGGAUAAGGAUUCUAAACAGCGACUGAAGCCAUUCGGUAAUGCUGGUGGCACCAUUCCGUGUACCACCUUUAACCGUAACGGUACGAUCUUUGCUUAUGCUGUUAGCUAUGACUGGUCCAAGGGCUAUAAGCAUGCUCUUCCGACCAAUCCCAACAAGAUUUUCUUACAUGCUGUAAAGGAAGAAGAUGUGAAACCGCGUGUAGGAAAGAAACGAUAAAUUCCCAGAUUUAGUCAUUAAGUCAAGAGAAACAAUCAAAAGUCACUUUUAACAAAUGUAGCAAGGAAAAUCACAAAAAAGUCAAACAAAAUCAAAGCAAUACAAGGCUGAGAAUGUUUUAAUAAGAAUCAAAAAAGAGGACAAGCAUAUAAUAAGUUUUUAACCAUGA